UUCUCAUACCAUAUUAUAUCCAGCGCCAGUGGAGGUUCCAAAGCUCCAAACCUCUCUCCUCAGUUCUCUCUCUCAUUCUUCUUCUUCUUCGAACGACCUCCGCUGGACUCACUCCACUGCCACCCAACACUUUUCUCUCAGAUUCUUUGAAGUUGAAGAUAAGACCAAACAGUACACAAGGAAUAUCCCCUAAAAAAAGAUGGCCCCAAUCCCUCUGUCUGAACCCCAAUCCCUCCCUCCCCUCCGCGCCGCAGCUGCCGCCUUCCACCGUCGCCUGCCUCCUUGUCUUCUCUUGUCCCCGUCCAGACUGCUUCCCUCUGCCUCUCGAUGCAUCUACCGCCUCCCGGCACCUCGCAGAUCCUUAGCCUUAACCGCUCGCGCCACGUUGAUGGCGAAUUCCGUGCCGCCAAGAAGUGGAGUAUAUACUGUUGGUGAUUUCAUGACCGGGAAAGAGGACUUACAUGUGGUAAAGCCCACAACAUCUGUUGAUGAAGCUCUGGAAGCUCUGGUAGAAAACAGAAUAACAGGCUUCCCUGUGAUUGAUGAUAACUGGAAAUUGGUUGGCGUUGUUUCAGAUUUUGACUUGUUAGCUUUAGACUCCAUAUCAGGUGGUGGAAGGACUGACACAAGCAUGUUUCCAGAAGUCGACAGUACUUGGAAAACAUUCAAUGAGGUACAAAAGUUACUGAGCAAAACCAACGGAAAAGUGGUUGGAGAUUUGAUGACUCCAGCACCAUUGGUUGUUCGCGAAUCCACCAAUCUUGAGGAUGCUGCAAGAUUAUUGCUUAAAACAAAGUACCGGCGCCUUCCAGUCGUAGACGGCGAAGGAAAGCUGGUUGGGAUCAUUACAAGAGGAAAUGUCAUUGGAGCUGCCCUUAAAAUAAAACGCUCCACCGAAAUCAAAGCAUGACAUUACAACAACACUGCAUGAUUCAGCCAUUAUUUACACUACCAUAUAUUUUACAUUUUCAAUCAAGAGAUUCAAAGUUGUAAAAUUUUGGGUUGGGUUAUGUAUGCACUUGAAAUCAGCCAAAUUAAGAUUCCUUACUAUAUUACGUAUAGAUUUCCUGUUGCCACCAAAAAUUCACAUUGCCAAAGUUUGAGUUGAAUUCUCUCU